AUGUCGCACGGUUUAUUACGAUUAUUUGCAAUUGGGUUGCUUAUCGCUAAUAGCGUUAUCGCCGCUACCACCGACGUCGAUUGGUGGGAGUCCGCCACACUCUACCACAUCUAUCCGCGCUCCUUUAUGGAUAGCGACGGUGAUGGUGUGGGCGACUUGAAUGGCGUUACAUAUCCACUUUUCGGCACAAUGGAGGAUUUCGAUGCUAUGCUUGAAAAGGCGCACAACUUGGGUUUGAAAAUUAUUUUGGAUUUUGUGCCCAAUCAUUCGAGUGAUGAGUGUGAGUGGUUCCAGAAAUCGAUACGUCGUGAAGAUGGCUAUGAUGAUUUCUAUGUGUGGGUGGAUGGUAAAAUUGAUCCAGAAACGGGUAUUCGUACAGUGCCAAAUAAUUGGACAUCUGUUUUCGGUGGCGCUGCAUGGACUUGGGUUGAGGAACGUCAGCAAUAUUAUUUACAUCAGUUUCUCGCCAAACAACCGGAUUUGAAUUAUCGUAAUUCUAAAGUCCGUCAAACUAUGCUUGAUGUGAUGAAAUUUUGGCUGGAUCGUGGUGUGGAUGCCUUCCGUAUCGAUGCUGCGCCUUAUUUCAUUGAGAAGAUGCUCGAAGAUGGCACAUUUCCUGAUGAACCAUAUACCGAUCCCAACCUUCCUUUAGAAUCAGAACUUCAUCGUAUUUACACAACCAAUCAACCUGAAAAUGCUGAUUUAAUAUAUGAGUGGCGCGCGUUUUUGGACGAAUACCAGAGUCUACAUGGCGGUGACACAAGAGCGCAGAUAAUCGAAGCAUACGCACCUAUUAGUAUUUUAAGCGACUACGUCGGUAACGACACUCAUGUCGGUGGUCAACUGCCAAUGAAUUUUAAUUUCGUCCGGUUGCAAAGUUCUUCCACUGCCAAAGAUAUUGAAAGUGCCGCCAACAACUGGAUGGAUGUUAUGUGGACCAACCACAAAGUGGCCAAUUGGGACGCAAGUAAUCAUGAUAACAGUCGCUUGGCCACGCGCAUGGGUUCACAAAGAGUGGAUACGAUGACGAUGAUAAUGCAUGGACUUCCCGGGACAUCUGUUACGUAUUACGGCGAGGAGAUCGGCAUGCCUGACUGGUCAAUUGAAUGCAACCAAGACACAGAUACUUGUAAUUUCCGUGAUCCCGAACGUACACCCAUGCAAUGGGACACUUCAAAGAAUGCCGGUUUCAGCACAGGCAACUCCACAUGGCUACCCGUGAAUCCGGGUUACAAGAGUUUGAAUGUGCAGGUACAACGGGGUGUUGCACGCAGCUCACUACAAAUCACGAAGGGUAUGAUUGCAUUGAAGAAAACCGCUGCCUUCAAGGCGUUCAAAGAGGAUGGCGGUUUCUCGUAUGCUGCUGUGAGUGAGCAAGUCUUUCAGGUUGUCAGAACCGCCGUAGGUCGUGAGGAGUAUCGCGUGCUGGCCAAUUUAGGCAAUCAGAUUGAGUAUUUGGAGGGACUGACUAACAAAACCAUGGAGUAUGUGCUACUCAACUCAUACUCACCGCACAAUUAUGGUGAUAAAGUCGACUUAAGCAAACGCAUCAUUUUGAUGCCCUAUGAAGGUGUAGUUUUGCGAUGGUCUGCAUAAACUGUUCCGAGAUAGUAUUUCUAGACUUAUUAAUAAAAUUAAUAAAUAAACAUUACAACGUUUCCAAACUUUACAGAAAGAUCACGAAGUGAUUUUCCCGAAGAAAUAAAGUACAUGUAAUUUAACAAUAUGCGGGCGAAUAGCCUAAUUUUUGACCACUUUUGGCAGCAGUUAAUUGGAUCGCUCGAUCUUUUAGACCACGCUGCAGGUAGAUGAACCGAGAUGGUGUACUCACAAAAGGUUUCUUUCAAUAAAUUGCUUGU